GGCUGACGAACGGGAGCGUUUUCCUGAACUCGCACCCAGACRCUGCGGCACUUUGGCGGAUUAAAACCCGGAGAGGGAGAGAUGGAGUUCAGAGAGGCAGGAGGCAGAGGGGUGGGACUGCAGAUGGAGAUAACCAUGGCAACAGCAGCAGCAGCAGCAGCAGCAGCGCGAGGAGAGCUGAUCUAAACACUGCAGAGCGCGCGCGUCCUUCCGAACCUUCGAAGCGGAUCCUCUGCGGACAUCACAGCACAUCACUAAGGUGAUGAGUGGGAUUAUAUCAUGUCUGAGGUCCAAGCAACACUGGAUUUUUCUCUAGAAUUGCACAAGUUUCACAAUGUGGACCUUUUUCAGAGAGGGUUUUAUCAGAUUAGAGCAGGACUGCAGGUCUCACCUCGAGUUCCCCAUAAGUUGACAGUGACAACGCAAAACCAUACAGGAGAGUGCAGCUUUGUCUCAGCGGGGGUGUACAACGGCACUGUUUUCAGCCGGAUAUUUCAGAUCCUUUACAGAAACGAGGAGAUUGCAGUGAACGACUGGAUGACCUUCAAAGUCCACCUGCUUUUGGAUGUAGACAAGGUGGAAGAUACUCUCAGUGAGGUGGACUUCCAUCUGAAGCUGGAUCUGCAUUUUACCGACAAUGAGCAGCAAUUGGCAGAUAUUGUGACUGUUCCCCUCAUCAGCAGUCGGACCCUCGGUCUCCACUUCCACCCCCGAACUGGCCUCCAUCACUACGUUCCAGUAAUGUUUGACUACUUCCACCUGUCUGUCAUCUGUGUCUCUGUACACGCCUCACUGGUUGCCUUACAUCAGCCUCUCAUCAGGGUAGUUUUUAUGUGCCCAGUGAAAACUGCCUGCAGAGAGCUCAUAUGUGGCACCGGCGCCUUUGUCGCCUCCUGCUGGUGGCACAGAAAGGUCUGCACACCUACUGUAGCACGCUGAAGAAGCAAAUUCCACAGCUCCAACUGGAUCCACAAGAACCAGAUGUUCUGCCUGUUGAAGAAACUUUAAAUCAGCUCUCUGUAGAGUUACAGCUGCAGGAAAGCCAUGAGAAGGUGGCCGAGCAGAUCAGCAAGGAUGUGAACCAGCUCUGCUCUCAGCUGGCUGCUCUGUGGAACUGCUUCCUGGAGGCUGCUGUGCUUAACCCCCACAUCCUGUCCCAUCUGACGCAGGAACACCACACUCUCAGGGUCAGGAGGUUCUCUGAAGCAUAUUUCUUUACCGAGCACCCCAAAGAGAUCUCUCUGACAUUUCAGGAGGAACUUAUCAACAGACAUGGGCAGAUAGCUGCAGAGGUCCGGUGCUCAGACUAUUUGACAAAAAUGCCUCCUUUACCUGUUGAGUGCCUGGAUAUUGAUGGAGACUGGAACAGCCUACCCAUCAUCUUUGAGGACCGAUAUGUUGAAUCUCUACAAACAGAGAGAGAGUCACUUUCGCCAAAGCCUGAAACCACCAGGGAUCAAACCAACUCACAUUUCACUAUAAGUCCUGUGAAAAUGUUUCCUGAGAGAACCCAGAACAACAGAUCACCAGCAACACCCCAUGAUUUYUCAGACAGUGAUGAAAACUUGGAGCUGCCCAUGGAUGUCUCAAGUAUUAUACAUCAGAGCAGAACAGAUGUAAGAAGUACCUUGAACCUCAUUCAGACUAAGCAUGGUACUGAACUAUCUGCAGCUGAAGCAGAGAAAAUGAAAGAACCAGCAAAAUGUCAAAGCCAACACAAGGAGAACUGUAGUUCCAGCUGGACUGACUGUGCAGUUAGGCCUUAUGGUGUGAUUUCAUACAGGGAAGAAGGAGGCCUGAGUCAUGAAAUGAAUGACUCCUCUGUUCACAAAGUCACAGAAAAUAUUAUUCAACACUGUGAUGGUAGAAACCACAAUAUAGCAAAAGAGAAUGUAAACACUGAAGAAGAGUCUGACUCUGCCAUGCCUUCUAGUCACUCCAUUGAUGAUGACAGUGAAAAUGUUCCCAUUAACACCUUUCUUACCUCCCUUAUGCAUUCAGUUACACCUUUCAUUUCUGGAGACAUGAGAAAAGAAACGAGCCAUUGUGGAGGCUCUGUUGGCUAUAAGGUCAUGAAACGCUCAUCCUCUUUCAUCUCUGACUCAGGCAUUGAGAGUGAACCCAGCUCAGUAGCAUGGCCUAUGGAAAUUGAACUGCAGGGACGGCCUUCGCUGGAUUUUUCUAGUGAACAGGAGCUUCCAAAGCAAACUGUUUUGAAUCAUCUUCUCCAUCGCAGCUGUGUAGAAGGUCUGCAGAUGGAGAGCAAUGGCAGACUUCCAUGUGGAGGUAUACAGGCCUCACUCACCUCCAUCAACUCCCUACCCUAUGAGGAUGAUCAACAACAAAAACAGCUCAGUAAACUGACCAAGUCACUUUCCGCACCUCAAAUAAGUAGCCCAGAAGAUGCUGACGAGGGGCGUGUACUGCUCAACCAGGACACAGACACAGUUCAUCUCCAGGAUUUGGAGUUGUUCUCAGAGCAGAGUGAAUUGUCUCAGUUAGUCAGUGUUCCUGAUCAAAUUCUCAAGAACAGAAGUUCAGAAAAGACUAAAUUCCAGCAAUACCCAUCAGUGUCAGUGUUGAGUAAUGAGUCUGAAAGGUUGCUUCCACAAGACUUUGUAGAAAGAUCUUCUGURAAGCAAAGUGCUGUUAUCGGCCAUCAGUGGGAGGAAAAGAACCAUCAAACACACACAAGUGGAAGAAGAACUUCAGUAAAUGAUAUGGAUUUGGGGCAUUCAGAGACAGCAUCUUGCAGCUGUGGAAACAAAUCAUGUGUGCAUGAAAGUGCAGCAAAGCAGGAAGGCAUUAGCUCCGAGGAUGAGUCCCAGAGUGUGCAUCAGAGAAAACUGCAAGGCACUGAAGAAAAACCACAUAUGGAUUCCUUACAGACCUCCCAAAAACAGUCACAGUCCAAUAAAUAUACUGUCACACCACGGCCAUGUGAGCUGACAGGCCUGACCACCAUGGAAAUACCAUCAAUGGUUUCCCCCAGAACCAAUGGAACAACAACAAGUGACUGUCAGACUACAGCCUCAAAGAUUUCUAACUCAGGCCUGGCCUUUGUGAACAAGAAAAUGGUGGAGGUGGUGAACAUGUCUGUGUCCUGUGCUCCAACUUGUCUACCAUUUUCAUCUGUCCUAAGAGACUCUCCCUCAGUCAGUGGACUAUCGGCCCGCCAGACUUCCUCCCCUAUUACCCAUCAACCCCUGGGGUCCUUUGGUAUAAUUUACUCAUCUUCCCACAUACCAAUCAACAUGGAUGAAGAGACAAAUGAACGGAUGCUAAAUUUCUACAAAGCCAAAGAAGAGCUACUUAAAAAGCUGAACUUUCAGGCCAGCAUGUACAGUGAUGUUCCUCUCCUGGCGUCAGAGUUUCCCUACUUCCCACCUGAAGAGGAUGAUGAGGAGUUUGAUGAUGGCAUCCACCUUGUAGUGUGUGUCCAUGGGCUUGAUGGUAAUAGCGCUGAUCUUCGGCUGGUAAAGACGUUCAUAGAGCUGGGACUUCCUGGAUCCAGACUCGACUUCCUCAUGUCUGAGAGGAACCAGGCAGACACAUUUGCUGAUUUUGACACCAUGACAGACAGGCUGUUGGAUGAGAUCAUUCAGCACAUCCAGCUGUACAACCUCACCAUUGGCAGGAUAAGCUUCAUUGGCCACUCUCUGGGGAAUGUCAUCAUCAGGACAGUGCUGACAAGACCUCGUUUCCGCUGCUAUUUACCCAAGCUGCACACCUUCCUUUCUCUGUCCGGCCCACACCUGGGAACUCUGUACAACAACAGCACACUGGUCAGCACAGGUCUGUGGUUAAUGCAGAAGCUGAAGAAGUCUGGGUCCUUGUUACAGCUCACCUUCAGAGACCACGCUGAUCCACGGAAAACAUUCCUUUAUCUCUUGAGUCAGAAACCAGGGCUGCAGUUUUUCAAGAAUGUAGUGUUGGUUGCAUCUCCACAGGACCGAUAUGUUCCAUUCCACUCUGCCCGAAUAGAGAUGUGUAGGACAGCUUUGAGAGACACAACCACAGGGCCCAUCUACACAGAAAUGAUCAACAACCUCCUUCAGCCAGUUGUGGAGGCUAAAGAGUGCCGGCUGAUACGACAGAAUGUAUUCCACGCUUUGCCCAACACGGCCAACACACUGAUUGGUCGUGCAGCCCACAUUGCUGUCCUGGACUCAGAGCUCUUCCUGGAGAAGUUCUUCUUGGUAGCAGGGCUCAGCUACUUCAGAUAAAGGUGCUAGCAGGCUCAUGUACCGAGGCUGACUGUGAUUGAUGGAGAAUGCAAACCUCGUUACUUUGCAAAGUUUACCUGGAAACCAACAGAUCAGAUAUGUUACCUGUCAGCACUGACAGCAGCUGGUAUUAAAAGAUGAGCAAAGAUGUGACUGUUUUUGUUGAAAACUCAGAAGUCAGAGUGUAACAUGUAGCCAUGCAAGACUAAAUAUCUGAUGACAGGAUUGACUGUAGAUGUUUGUCUGCCUUAAGUUCUCAACUAGAAACACAAAUAGAUGCAAAYUGAGGUUCGCAGCUGUGAUUACUGUCUAUGUAGAGUCAAUGUUUGGUUGUUGGCAAUCUUUACUUUAACGAUUAUCCUAUGCUGUCUUCAGAAACAACAAAACAGAUGUGCAACAUUUGUCCCCAUUGAUUGUACCUGAUGGAUUUAGUUGUAUAAAAACAGCUCUUGCUUUACUUAUAUGUUUUUAUUAGGGCUGCAACAACACAGAAAAUUCAUGCUUUGGUUCGUACUUUAGUGACACGGUUCAAUAUUUUUUCAAUGCAAAAGAGAGAAAUGUCCAUGUCCUUCUUAACUUGUAGUUUACUGAAAUUUAUUACGAAAAUUUGCUUAACUUCAAACAGUUUUUAAAUUAAAUGUUGCUGAAGCAGAAAGUUUCUCAGUGGAUCUGUGCUCCACAAUGCAGCCUAG